AGUUGUUCCCGGUGCUAUUUGAGUGACUGCAAGAGGGAUCGGGGUCUCGGGACUGGGCUUCCGAAGUGGAAGCAGGGCACUGUCUGAGUGAGAACAGGAAAGUUGUAGGGGUUCGAAGCCAGAGGUGACAAAAGAGAAGCAGAUGCAUCAGCUGAGACCCCAGUGGGAGCAAAAAGUGGUAGCCGGAAGAGUAGGCUGAGAGGCGAGCCCCGGGUUGUCUUAUACGGUGCUCCCUUUUCCCUAGUUUAGCGACUGAGUGGCUAAGCUGAUUGAUUUUCUCUUGGAGUGAGAUUUUUGUUUGUUGCUGUCUUUUUCAUUUUGAGAGGGGGACAGCCCUGUAAGCACUAAGUCUUCCUUAAGGUGAGGCCAGAAACGGUCUUCCUGAGAGGGAGACAGGGAGCUCAAGGAGUCCGAAUAAUAGGGAAGUAGGGAUUAGUGGGGGACAGUGCAAUUUGUAGAGAUGGUGAGUGUGACUUCAGUUCCCACCACUGCCGAAGGGCAACCUCAGCAGCCUGAAAGGGAAUCCACUACGGAACCCGAUGAUUCAGCCACCGCAGAACCCGUUAAGAUCAAGGUGUCCCGUCUCCGCUGGGUGAUCGUCCUGUUGUUCAGCUCCUAUUCUCUGUGCAAUGCCUUCCAGUGGAUCCAGUAUGGUGCUGUUAAUAACGUCUUCGUGCACUUCUAUGGGGUCAGCACCUUUGCCAUUGACUGCUUGUCCAUGAGCUUCAUGGUGACUUAUAUUCCAUUACUGUUCCCUGUGGCUUAUCUUCUGGAGAAAUAUGGCUUACGUACCGUCGCCCUCUUGGGGUCGGUCCUUAACUGCUUGGGCGCCUGGGUGAAAGUGGGCAGCUUGAAGCCGAAUCUCUUUGCCGUCACCGCGCUGGGGCAGUUUUUCUGCUCUGUUGCCCAGGUCUUCAUCCUUGGCAUGCCCUCCCGCAUUGCCGCGGUCUGGUUUAGUGAACGGGAGGUUUCCACAGCCUGCUCCCUGGCUGUCUUUGGCAAUCAGGUUGGUAUUGCCUUAGGGUUCUUGAUUCCUCCUCUUCUGGUACCCAACAUAGAGGACCGGGAAGAACUUGCCCACCACAUUAGCAUUAUGUUCUACAUGACAGGAGCUGUGGCUUCCUUUCUCUUCAUCCUUGUCAUCUUCAUAUUCAGGGAGAAGCCCAAAUAUCCCCCAAGCCAUGCCCAGUACUUGAGCUAUACGAUGGAAGCACAGAAGACUACUUAUUUUAAAAGCAUUGUCCGGCUGUUGAAGAACAAAAAUUUUAUGCUCCUCUUGGUCAGCUAUGGUUUGAAUGCUGGUGCUUUCUAUGCCCUAUCAACAUUACUGAAUCGCGUGGUGAUCUCCAACUACCCAGGAGAAGAAGUGAAUGCUGGCAGAAUUGGCCUGACCAUCGUCAUCACAGGAAUGGUUGGGGCUAUGAUCUCAGGCAUCUGGCUGGAUAAAACUAAAACAUACAAACAGACGACAGUGGUGGUUUAUUCCAUGGCCCUGGUGGGCAUGGUGGUGUUUACUGUGACCUUGGGCCUUGGAUACCUAUGGGUUGUGUUCAUCACAGCAGGCAUGCUGGGGUUCUUCAUGACAGGGUACCUCCCACUGGGAUUUGAGUUUGCUGUGGAGCUGACAUACCCAGAAUCAGAAGGAAUGUCCUCAGGUCUCCUUAAUGUGUCUGCUCAGAUAUUUGGGAUCAUUUUCACCAUUGGCCAGGGCCAGCUCCUCGACCACUUUGGAACGGUGGCUGGAAAUGUCUUUCUGUGCGCCUUCCUUGCCUUAGGGACUCUCAUAACUAUGUUCAUUAAGGCAGAUCUUCGGAGGCAAAAUGCAAAUGCGUUACCUAAUAAUAACAUCCCGGAUGAGCAGCCCCAUCAGGAGAAAGAUCCAAACCAGGCGCCUAAUGAACAGCUCUGAGAGGAGGAAGUGCAGGAACCUGGGGGAAGCUGAAUUGAGGUGGCCUGCUUUCCCCCCACUUUGGUUGCCAGCAAGAGGUUCCUCGCCAAGGACUGGACAGGGAAUCAUCUGGAUCUAAUGGCCACAACAGCAGGACCUGCUGCUUCUAGGGACUUGGGAUGAUUUGGUCAGAGUUAUACUUUCUCCCUCUCUUGCUGUGAAUUAGUGGAGAUGGUGCUGAUAAAGGCCAGCAGUGCCAGCUGCAGCUCAAAUUCUGACUCUGGAUGCCUGCCUCUUCCCUCUAAACCCUCAUUAUUCCAUGGCAAAACCCGUAGAAUCAUUAUGAGAAGGAAGUUCCUACAGAAACUAAUUUUCCCUUAGUACUUUUUGACUUUUAGAUGAAGCACUAGCUGUUACUUUAGGGGAAACAAAACAAAAUCCAGUAAUUCUGGGCUGAUUGGCUGACUGUAGACAUUGGGAGAAAAGAGUAGUUGGCAUAAGCAAAGACCCUUGGGACUAGGUUCAAACUGUUUAAUGUUGGACUCUCUACAAACUGCCUUUCUUCAGAGUUGGUCAAACCAAAUAUUCUAUUUCAAAGAGACUUCUUUUUGUCCAUCACGGAGAAAUUAUUGGUAGGGCUAAGAGCUUUGUGACAGUGAGUGCUAAAUACAUCAUCUAUCCCCAUGCAGAACGCUACAUUUAGAAACCUCAGCUAUUUUAUUUUUGAAUGGAAAACAAGAUUUUACACAGAAACGUCUGUGCAAAUAAUUUAUGAUGACUUGCAUAGCUCAGUCCUGAGCCUCAGGGCCCCUGCCAUAACUCAAGAUGAUAAUGGUAAUCUUUUUAUUUUCCUCACAUUGUCAUAGUUUCCAACUAUUCUAAGAAAUUCAGAGAAUCUUCUAAGGGGUGAGUGAGAGGAAGCAGAGGUAAAGGUGACCUUUAAAAUAGGUUUUUGAGCUGGGCAAGCCCCUUUCCUGGCACCCAGCCUUCAGUUUCUAUACAGAGGAAUUAUCCACGCAACCCCCACUACCCUUUCCUUUGCCCUGACUUCACAAUAAUAUUCACCAAACAUUUCCAAUUUAAAACUUCUCCCUUUAAAUUAUCUCAUUAAGAUUGUUAUCACACCUUCUACUUGGCUCCCCUCUUGGGUUGUGGGGGCUUCUUCUGAGAAUAAUGGGAAGUGAAAUAUUUGAAAAAACACUUGCUGUUGCCAAGUUCCUUGAUCUCAGCCUGCUAAAAACAGGAUAUCCUGCAGGAAAUCCUUGGAUCAAUGACCCCGAGGAGUUAGCUUUUGUGUAUGUAUAUGAAAUACUCUUGGGAAAUACUCUAUGAAGAUGCAAUUUAGGGAUUUUUUGGGAGAAGUGGAUAGCUGUUAAUGAAAGGCAUGAGUGGGAAUGUUAAAUUGCAUCAGGGAUAGAUAUAUGUGUGUGUAUGUACAUACAUAAUAUACACAUAUGCACAUACAUACACAUACAUAUAUAUCUGUUCACUAUGGAGAGGGGCAAGGACUUAAAAUUCCUUACUCCCUUCAAACAAUUUAACAAAAUGUUUACUGAAUGUUGCCAUAUUUUACAAUGAAACAAUAUGUAUUUAAUAAUUGUGAUAAAAUAUUAUAAGAAAAUACAUGAUUUCCCAAAUAAACUAUCUUGUCCUUUGAUUGGAAAAGA